GCGACGACGAAAAGUCCUUGUUCCUUGUUGGUAAGGUUUUUGCUUUAUUGUUUCUGGUGGUUACUUUUGUGGCACUGAGCGGCGAGUUGUGCAACCUUUCCUCCAGUGUGCGGAAGAGCGAAACCGGAAACCGGAGUCCAGAGAGAGGACGGCGAGAUGAGUUGCUUCGGGGAUUGCCUCGAGCUGGGGCCACCGCCCGAUAUGAUACUGUCGAUGCCACCGCCGCCGCUGUCAUCGUUCCUGUUGCCUCGCAAUGCGCUGGUGGCCAGCGGCAAAGGUUCCGGUGGGGCUGGCGGGGGCAACAGCAACCACAGCCUGCUGUGCAGUGCCGCCUUCAUCUGCGAACCAUCGCUCAAGGCGAACGAACAGUCCGGACUGGAGUUCGUCGAGUUGCCUGGAAACGGCGUCGACGAUACCUGGGUGCUGGUGCUGAUUUCGUCCUGCGUCGGUGUGCUGCUUCUCGGGGCCCUGUUGGCGAUGGUCCUGCUGAAAUGCCGAGAUCGGUUCUGUAUCCGUUGCAGUUCGUUCGGCUACUCGUACCACGAUAGCAACCUGAAGCAGCCACCGCUGCACGCCCUGGCCGAACCGACGGUGACGAAAGCGGCCGGUGGGUUCCUGGCCGGCGGUACGAUCCUGUAUCCCACCAAUCACGUGCAUCACCAUCAGCAGCAGCAUCUGCACCAUCAGUCGGGCACAGUGUACGGAACGGACAAUCGGACCCUUUGGGCCGCGCUGACACCGCAUGGUACGCAGCACUUCAUAACCGAGUCAUACGGGGGCCAUCCGGACGAUCACUACGAGGUUAUUGACUAUGGGCGCAAGCACGAGCAGUACAUUCCGUCGGCCACCGGCCCCGGGACUGGCGGGACGAUCGUGAAGAGCAAGAACUCGUUCGAGAACUCCGGCUUCGUCGACUACGACUACGAGGAUCCGACCCCGCUGAUGGAGUCGUACGGUGGGGCUCACUUUGACGAUAUGGACUCGGGCUACCAGGAACCGCAGGAGGUGCUGGGCUCGCUGAGCCGCCCGGUCCAGCGCUCCACGCUCACCGUUUCAUCGCCGACCCGCAUCGAGAACCCGAACAUGGCUCCCUUGAACCUGUACCCGACCGCAGCCCAGCCGGCACGGGGCGCUACCGGAACCCUCGGUUCGGCCACCAUGGGCCGGAAGUCGAUCGGCACUGGCGCUGCCGCCGGUGCCGGGACACUAUCGCGCCGUAUCAGCGAUAUCAAGAACUGAACGUCCACCGUAGAAGAAGCAGCCAUUGAGACGAGUGAGAAGUUCCAAAUGGACAUUCCUAGCAGGCGGAGUAGCCGAAGUUGGAAGAAGAAGUAUCUCUGUGCUCCUUUUUUUCCUACACGAUAAUUAUUUACACGCAUUGUCCGCUACAUAGAGCGAGAGAGAGAGAGAGCGGAUUGAAACCGGAAGGGAUUGAACUUGAUGGAAUUUCAUGGUGAGAAAAGAAUGUUCCUGGAAACCAGAUGGUAGAACAGCAGCAAGUCCCCGCACCUCUAUAAAACGCACUCGGCUUUGCGGCCACCACACACUCCACUAGUCACUAGCUACAGAUACGGUAACACUAUUGCGCAUACAGACAUUCUCGCUAACCAUGGACGGCAAGGCAGACCUACUACAAGAUACGCAAGGCUCCUAGCCACGGUGGACCACUCGUCUACCGGUGGCAGACUGUAGCAGUGGGGCAAGAGUCCUAGUGAUCGCUUCUAUAAACCAUGCCCUCAGGAUGGCCGACAUCGACAUCGCUGUCGGGUGACGCCAUCGGGAGGAGCAGCAAUAACUACUCUAACUAAUAAUCACUACGUACGUACGUGGGGCCACCGGGCAGUUACGGAGGGUGCGAAAAGAAGAAGCUCCCCUUUCGGACGCGUAGCAAAAUCAAUGGCUCAAAUU